AUCGUUUGGUUCAUCAACGCAUUAUUUUACUUUGCAAAGCGAAUAUCUGUUAGCAAAAAGUUAACGAAUUGAAACAUUUCACUAGUCCAUAACAUAAAAAUGUUGUAGUGUCCAAGCUAGUGCAUACUGGGUAACGCCAAAUGCCCUUGGGGUCUCCUGACAACUGUAGCUGUGAAACCGGAUUAUGAGUAGGAUUAACUUCCUGGGAUUUUGGCAGAACCCAGGGCUGGUGGUUGCGGCAUUCUGCCACCUGAGUAUGAUGGAGUGAUACUCAUUAGAAAUGGCUGACGGGCUUAUGUCGCAACAGUCCCGUUAAAACCCUGGCAACCCUGCGUUCCCCCCGUCGUCGUUAAGUUGAAGUGGUAGGUGUAAGUUGAGACGAUUUCUUCUGCGCUGGUUGGCUCUGAACGUAGAGCCUCAUAAGGGUGUACGUCGACCCUCACUUGGCCUCUUCACUGAGAUAACCUUGGGAUUAUUAAAGGCGACUGGUUUUUCGGUGGACGAAUAGCGAUACUGAGUGGAGACCCAUUUGCACGGACACUAACAAGAAUAAGACAAACGUUGACUGAAAGUUGACACAGGGAGGGGAAGGAAUGUCGAAACCGAUGCCCAGAUCUGUCCCGGAUGGGAGUGCUGCUCCUGGGGCGACAGAACCGGCUGGCGAAAUGCAGCAAUACCAAUACCCCAAUAAGAAUCUCUACGAGAGCAAUAGCUCGGAAGCUGAAGACUGACCGCCGCAUGGCGGCAAAAAUCGUGGUCAUGCUGGUCAGGUGUCAGAACAGUAAGCUUAUGCACUCCACUGAGCCAAGAAGGGGCUGAGCCAAAGCGAAGACAUUAGAGCAAGAACGGACGUAACUGAAACCUAACCAGCGAUCAAGCGAUAAAGGUUGCAUGAAGGAGAAGCCUCCCUUGGAAAAGGAAUGCGUAAGGGAGCUGCGCCAACUUUAACGAAAUUUUUAAAAUCUCUGGCUUAACGUAGCUAGGCGUGUUCGACUGCAGUAUUCCUGCGAGGAAUGGAAGAAAGUAGCGGCCGCUAUUUCCUCAGUCUUCCUGAAGGUAGCCAGAGAAAACCCUGGAUCACCCCGAAAAAGUGAGAGUGGUCACUGGAUGCGCCGAUGAACGAUCGGCUGUUCUAUAUAAGGAGGCAUUCUCGGGUGGGGUAUGGAAGCUAGUCAGGCUGAAGGCUGUGGACAAAGCUUCGACAUAGAUCUCGCGACUGGUUGCCAGCUGAACUUUCCUCAACGAGUGUAAUUGAAGAAAUCUUCAGAUACUGCAAACCGUCGCUGUCAACACAUUAGUGGAGGGUAAUAAGGCUGGAGGGAACAGAGGAACAAUAUCGGCAAGCGCUAAUUCUGCUAAAUGCGGAGUCCGGCGGUCCUUCUUCAAAUUUAUAUUUUUAAAAUUUAAAAUUUUUAUAGUCUCGCGAUACGUUGCUGUUGUGUAUAAUAUUUUUGUUUACCUAACGCUUGUUUGUAACACCUAAAACUAAUCGAAAUAAGACGAAACGAAUUCCGAGUAACAUAAAUAUGGUAAUUAAACUUGGAAGAGUUCGUUGGUACCCAACGCCACGCAGUAUCAUGUUUUACGGCUCCCAAGGGUCUCCCGAAAUUUCCGUUUCAACUAUUCUUAGGUGUGGUCAGUACGGUAGAAACAUGAUUAUCGUAAUGACUUGCAAAAAUAUGGUUUCGCUAUUCUAUACUCCAACAGAAGUUUAACUUGCUCAAUUUGAAAAUAAAUUGCGUUAGAUUUUCACCCGCAAUAAUCUUAUCGUACUCACUUAUAGAUACGAACUACGAGUAUAAAUAUUGAACUCACGAAUAACUACCAUCAGUUGGUGCUCAAUGCUGAGCUUGUGUAGUCAAACUUGUAUAUCAAACAGUGAGAUAAUCUACGACGAAAGUGAGAAACGAAAACAUGACAGUGACAGAAAUUUUGUUGAGCAUUAUUUUGGCUGCCGUUGCCGCGGUCAUUUAUAUAGCGCAUCGCAACCUAACAUAUUGGCAAAGGAAAGGCAUUCCGCAUGAUUCGCCUCAUUGGAUUCAUGGCAAUCUAAAUGGUGUUGCAAAGACUCUGACUGUUGGCGAAGCUUUCACUAAAGUAUACAGACGGCAUUUGGGGUCGGGCCCCUUUUGCGGUCUUUACUUUCUUCAAAAGCCGUCGGUCCUUGUGCUCACACCGGAGUUGACCAAGCAGGUGUUAAUUAAAGACUUUAACAACUUCAGCGAACGUGGCCUUUAUGUCAAUGAGGAGGAUGAUCCCCUCACUGGGCAUUUGUUUUUGUUACAAAGUCAGAAAUGGCGCAUAAUGCGCAAUAAAUUAACACCCACCUUUACCUCUGGGCAAAUGAAGUUCAUGUUUCCCACUGUGGUUUCGGUGGCUGAGCAACUUGUUGAAACCUUAAAUGGCGACAUCAAGAAGAGUAACGUAAUCGAGAUCAAGGAAAUUUUAGCACGUUUCACCACUGAUGUGAUUGGAUCUUGUGCUUUUGGCAUAGAGUGUAACAGUCUCAAGAACCCUGAUGCUAUUUUCCGUCAAAUGGGUCGUCGUCUUUUUACCGAUCGUCGUCAUUCUAAUUUCGUUGACAGUAUGAUAGCGGCCGCUCCGAAUGUGGCACGAAAACUUCAUGUACGUCUGGUACCGGACGCGAUAAGUGAUUUCUUCUUGAACAUUGUACGUGAAGCAGUAGAUUAUAGAGAGAAGGAGAAUGUGCAGCGUAAUGAUUUUUUGAACAUUCUGAUUGAAUUAAACAAAGGAAAAUUAAAGUUCGACGAUAAAGUCGAGGAAAAAGGGCUUACGUUGGAGGAGAUGGCGGCGCAGGUGUUAAUCUUCUUUAUAGCUGGCUUUGAGACAUCAUCUUCGACUCUUACAUUUUUACUCUAUGAGUUGGCCCUAAAUCCAGACAUUCAGAAGCGCCUACGCGAAGAAAUAUUUGAGGCGGUUGAAAAUCAUGGCGGUAAGGUGACCUAUGAAUGCGUAAAUUCGAUGUCUUAUAUGAAGCAGGUUGUAUCAGAAACCCUUCGUAAAUAUCCAGUAUUACCACAUUUGCAGCGUAAGACUAUGGCCGAUUAUGUUGUGCCUGGACAUCCAAACUAUGUGAUAGAAAAAGAUACAACUGUAUUCAUACCAGUAAUGGCAAUGCAUCAUGAUCCCGAGAUUUACCCGGAUCCCGAAAAAUUCGACCCUGAACGUUUUGCACCGGAUGAAAUGAAAUCACGAGACCCUAUCUAUUGGCUGCCGUUCGGUGAUGGUCCACGUAAUUGUAUUGGGUUGCGUUUUGGUCAAAUGCAGAUACGCGUCGCCCUGACAUACUUAUUAAGUAACUUUGAAUUUAGUCCUUGUCCGAAGACUGAGAUUCCUUUGGUAUUCGAUCCCAAAGAGUUUUUAACCUCUACCAAAGGCGGCAUCCAUCUGAAAGUACAGUCGAUUUAAGGCGACGUAUUUCUCUUCAGUUUAUUUUUAGUUCAGUUUAAAGGAAACCCCUAAUUAAACCUUUAAAUUAAAUAUUUCGUCAGACUUUUUUUCGA